AUGCGGGGGGUCGCAUUGGAGACCCAUCAAAGAUGGCGGCCGCGCUGAUACGUUUGCUCCAAUAGGCAGCGUAAGUCUAUGAGGCGUCUACGUAUGUUAUGUCUAUGAAAGAGGAAGAGGAAGAAGAAGAAGAAGGAGAAGAAGGAGAAGGAGGAAACGGUUAAAGAUGACGACGUCGUGGAGUGACCGCCUGCAGAACUAUGCUGACCUACCAGCCAACAUGGAUGGUGUGGCAAUGAAGAAGUAUCGACGUGAAGCACACCACAGAGUGUUUGUCAACCGAAGUUUGGCCAUGGAGAAGAUCAAGUGUUUUGGUUUUGAUAUGGAUUACACUCUGGCAGUGUAUAAAUCACCUGAGUAUGAGUCGUUGGGCUUCGACUUAACAGUGGAGCGCCUGGUGUCAAUUGGAUAUCCACAAGAGCUGCUCAACUUUGUCUACGACCCCUCCUUCCCCACCAGAGGUCUGGUGUUUGACACAAUGUAUGGCAACCUGCUUAAAGUGGAUGCCUAUGGAAAUAUCCUAGUGUGUGUGCACGGAUUCAACUUCGUGAGAGGACCUGAUAUCAGAGAGAUGUACCCCAACAAAUUUAUUCAACGUGGUGACACAGAGCGCUUCUCCAUCCUCAACACACUCUUCAACCUGCCUGAAACGUAUCUGUUUGCGUGCCUGGUUGACUUCUUCAGUAACUGCCCAAGAUACAAAAGUUGUGAGACUGGCUUCAAAGAUGGUGACCUGUUCAUGUCCUACAAGAGCAUGUUUCAGGAUGUCAGAGACGGAGUGGACUGGGUUCAUUUCAAGGGCUCCUUAAAAGAGAAAACAGUUGAAAACCUGGAGAAGUAUGUGGUUAAAGAUCCAAAGCUUCCUCUCCUCCUCAGUCGAAUGAAUGAAGUCGCCAAAGUAUUUCUAGCCACCAACAGUGACUACAAAUACACAGAGAAAAUUAUGUCCUACCUCUUUGACUUCCCUCAUGGCCCAAAGCCGGGUACACCACACCGGCCCUGGCAGUCGUACUUUGACCUGAUCCUGGUAGACGCCCGCAAACCUGUGUUCUUUGGAGAGGGGACAGUCUUGCGGCAGGUUGACACUACCACAGGUCGGCUGAAGAUUGGCACAUACACCGGACCUCUCCAGCAUGGGAUUGUUUACUCUGGAGGUUCUUCAGACAUGGUGUGUGACUUGCUGGGUGCAAAAGGAAAGGACAUUAUCUACAUCGGAGACCACAUUUUCGGUGACAUUCUUAAAUCCAAAAAGCGUCAGGGCUGGAGGACCUUCCUGGUGAUACCUGAGCUGGCCCAGGAGUUACAUGUGUGGACCGACAAGAGCUCAAUAUUUGAGGAACUUCAGUCCCUGGACUGCUUCCUCGCAGAGCUCUACAAGCAUCUGGACAGCAGCAGCAAUGAGAGGCCAGACAUCAGCUCGCUGCAGAGACGCAUUAAGAAAGUGACACACGACAUGGACAUGUGCUAUGGCAUGAUGGGAAGUUUGUUUCGCAGCGGAUCCCGGCAGACACUGUUUGCAUCCCAGGUCAUGCGGUAUGCUGACUUGUAUGCUGCCUCCUUCAUCAACCUGCUCUACUACCCAUUCAGCUAUCUGUUCCGAGCUGCACAUGUGCUGAUGCCUCAUGAGUCCACAGUGGAACACACACAUGUCAACAUCAUUGACACAGAGUCGCCGCUGGCCACAAGAAACCGCCAUGACAUUGACUUCAAGGAGAUGGAGUGCAAACGGCACCAGCUGACCCGCUCCAUCAGCGAGAUCCAGCCCCCCCAUUUCUUCCCUCAGGCUCCACAGGAGAUCACCCACUGCCAUGACGAGGAUGAUGACGAGGAGGAGGAGGAAGAGUAAACUCACAUCCAGUACAUCCUGUCUUUAUGUUUUAAGAUGUUUUUUUCUUUUUCUUUUAAAUAACUAAAGGGCUGUAGCAGCUUGCUGACCUGGUCUUGUACUAACAUGGACUACUGUUGAUUCAAGUAACUGAUAACUGUAUCUGUCUGUGGGUGAAAGAGAACUAUGUCUGUUUGUAGUGUAAGAUUCAGGCAACGGGAUGGUGGAAUUGAAAAUGACAAAGGAAGAGAAUAUCUACCUUACACAGUUAGAGUACCUGUUUAUUGUAUCCUGGAGCUCUGCUGGGUUUGUUUGACAAGGGAUUUUCUCCCUCUGUAUGGAGAGCAUUCAGGUUAUCUAUCCAGUAUACAUUUAUUAGUUUGUAGUGCAAACUUGCUGCCAUGCUGCUUUCUCCUGUGCCUCUCACUAUAAAACAUACAUAGAACUUCAAGAGGUUCAAUUUAAGGGAAUAAUCUGAAUCUAAAGUCAAAUCCUUGGUAUUUUGGGAGGCAUAUUAUUUUUGAGGUGAUUUUUAGAGACUAAUGGCCAAAUGUGGAGAUAUGAUAUGUGUAAGGUUUUCAACAUAGCUAGAAUUUAACAGAAUAAACGGUUAUAUUAGUGUUGAAAACAUCCACUGUAAAUGUCUGCAGUCGUAGGAUGCAUGUUUCUUUACCUGCAGUGCAGGAACACGGCAAGAUGUUUGGACCAGCAUGUGUUAACUUCGACUUGCCUCAGUGUUGAAAAGCAGCAAGCUGUCAUCCCUUCUUUGGGGAUCUUUCUUUUUUUAUUUAAGAAAUUGUGGGAAAUUUAGGAUUUUUUAAUAACAGCACAUCUGAGAGUGAACUUUUACCUGAGAACUGAACUGUAGUUUGUGUGUAUACAUAGCUGCUGAAACUAGACUCAGUCAUACAACAGCUCUACAACACACUUUUUUUGUACAUAUCUCAUGCUUACAGCUCAGAGAAAAUGUAUGUACUUAUUUAACCACUAAUUCUUUCACUGUGUAAUAACAACAUAUUUUCCAUAUCUUACAGAAUCCCAACGACUAUGGGGCCAAGUUUAUCACUCCAAGUCCUUACUGUUAUAUAGUCUGGUUACAUUAUGUUGUAUGUAUUAAAAUAACUGCAAAACUAAUGGAGAUAUCAUAACCUGCACAAUGGACUGUGACAUAGUCACUGCCUUAUUCUUCUAACAUUGAGUUGAUAGAGUGAGUGUGUAUGAGAAUUCUUGUUAAAAAUAGAUUUUGAACAUGUUAAUUUUUUUUCAUCUCAAGAAUGAAAGGUUAAAGUAUGGAAGCCCAUUCUGCCUGGAAAAAAAUGAUUAUUUAAGAUUCAAAUAAUGCUUUGGUAGUUAGAAAAGUUAAAAAUAUAAAAUACCAAGUCAACUAUUCUUCUUGAUAUAGUCAACAUUUUUCAGAUUUCAAAGUCAACAUUUCAAAGUUUGAUUUUGUGUCUCAGUGAUGUUAAAAUUAUGUGAAAUCAAGCUUUUGACUUAGAUUAGUAAGCAAGUCAAAAUCUUUUUUUUAUAUUUUUCAACUAUGAUGUAGGUUUGAAUUUAAAAACUAGACUCAAUGUCUCCUUUGUACUGUUUAAUUUUCUAAUUCAUGCUCAUAUUUUGCACUGUGGAUACACUGUUACCAACUGGGUUUUUUCCCUUUCCAACAGCAAGUUGAUAAACAAUCAGCUGCAGUGCCCGCAUAGCCGACCUCCUCAUGCUGUCCAUUUUUCCCUGCCAUAACAUAGCAUCCAAAAACUAAAAUAAUUGGAACACCAAACUUUAUUAUGAUAAAUAUUAUACAAAAACAAUUCAUUGUAGUCAGAACAUAAAAUAUUUUUAUACCACUUUUUAAUGUGUGAGUGUUCACGCCAUACCAACCUUUUGUGAACUCAUGAAUCUCACCAGCCGUCUUCUCUGAUCCGAAUAUCAACUGUCCAUGAUUUUACUUCCAGGGAUGAUCUUGUGUUCGUAGAGACAGACGCAGUGUGCAUGUAGGUGUGUGUGUGUCUGUGUGUGAGGGAGAGAGAGACACUUGAGUGACAGAGACGGAGGGAGAGCAGGGAAAGGAAAUGCGGCAGAACGAAUCCGCUGUUUUUAAGUAGCGUAAAAAAAUGUGAUGAAACGCAAUACAAAUUAGUGUGUGGCAAACACUUAUGCACAAAUGUCAUCACAGAUACUCUCAAUGUAGCGAGGAUGCAGUAGUGUAUUUGACUACACUUUAGAUCUCGUCAAAUUUGUUCAUGUUUUUAAGUUACAGCCUUGAUUUAAAGACCCUGUGAGGAGGACAUGCUAGCAGCAAUAGUGAUUCUCAGAUGAGGUAGAUGGUGGCCCUUUAAAAUCUCAGAUUCACAGCAGGCCUUUAUUUCACUGUAUGUGUGAUUCUGCAGUUUAUGUGGUACAGCCUCACACAACUUGACACAGAAGGCCUCAUGUCUAUUGUUGAGGCUGCCUCAUCCUGUUUUGGCUGAAUAGACAUAUUGUUAUGCUACUCGUCAGGAGGACUGUUGUCAAUAACAUGUCUCAAAUGGACAAGUUGAUUGCUUGAUGCUGUUGCCUUUGAAAGCUAGUUUAGACUUUAGUAAUCAGACAUAGUCAAGUGUAAAUAGAAACAACAAUAGUUAAUGCAUGUGUCAAAGCUGCAGUUUUUGAUGUUUUAUUUGAAUAUUGCCUUUGUUUUGAAGAACUUUUAGUUUAAGCAAGUUGAGAUGGUUUGAGUCAUGGCUGAUGUUUGUAAUAAACUUUCUGAUUUGAUAUUUUAGCUGGGUUUUCAUUUUAUAAAAUUCAGUAUUCUCACCCACUGGAUUGUCUUCCAGCCCAAGUUGCUAGCUAGCCGUGUUCAUGUCUUCUGUCACACACUUACACAUCUCCUCUUUGCUGUGUGUUCUAUUACUGCACUUAUUCACCUCAGACUGUGAGGCAGUCUAUCACAUUGCACCAAACCAAGUGUUCCCAGGACUCCACUGUUGUCUCCAAAGUUGAUCAAAGAUUUUGUAUAUGCAGGUCUAAGACUGGUGAUUGACAGAUUAUUUUGCAAUAUCGCCCUGUGAAUCACUGGUGAUGUGAGGUUGUUUAAAAAGGAACUCCCACCAUGAGGGAAGAACCAUAUGCUGAUUUAUGAUUGUAUUAGUGGUUAUGAACAUAUACAUGCUGCCAAGCUGUCUGCUGAUUUACCUUAGGAAUACUGUACUGUAUGUUGUCAUUACUAAACUCAAUUACAACAAGAUGCCAGCAGAGGGAGCUGAGAGCUUGAAACGACUAAACUGCACUGAGAAAUGCAAUUCAGUGGUCCUCAUGAAACCUUUGAUUACAAAUGGUGGUUGCACACUUUUUCUGUCCUCCCCUGUAACCAGACAGACUAGUCAACCUCAGUGAGGUGGGUGGAUUCAGGCUAUGUGAGUCUCCUUUGCGCUGGUCCUAUGCACAUUGAUGUUCUGUUCCGACUCAAUGCAUGGGAGGUGCAUGGAUUUUUCUUAAUGUUCCAGUGAAAAAUGGCAAAACAUGAAUGAGUGUAGGAACAACUAAUUCAGAUGCUAUACAGAACAAGGGCUGGUUUGAGUAUGACAAUUAUGCUAUAACUGUCACAGUCACUAGAUCCCAAUGCAACUUAACUAUCAGAAUUAUGAUAGCAUUCCUUACCACCUUCAUCAAAACACUAAAUGAGAAAAUGUCUUUAGAAAUAUACCGUCCAACCCUCCAUUACAGUUUUUUACACUUGGAGAAUUCUUGACAAAGAACACUGAAGCUGUUGUGAUACCGUCCAACCCUCCAUUACAGUUUUUUACACUUGGAGAAUUCUUGACAAAGAACACUGAAGCUGUUGUGAUGGCUUGUUCUAAAACUACACCUUACACACACUCAAUACAGUUACUUUGUAUUGUCACCUGUCUUUACACAUUUUUUAGUUGGAAAGUUACAUUAAAAGGUGUCUCAGUGGAUGCUGAGAUAAGUACCAGCAGAUGUAUGAACUGAAAUAGGAAAAGAGAGUUUUCAGCGUUUAAUCUUAUAAUGCUUAUCCAUAUAAAUAAAAGACAGCUUGCAAGGGAAAUAACUAUUAGCCUGAGCGGUCAGCACAAAAAGAGUGUUUAGUCUUGGAAGCCCUGUAGAGAAACAUUGUGAAAGGCAGAUGUGAGGUGUUUCCCGUUGAGAUGCUGUCCCUGGACCUGUAUCCUCGCAGACCUCAGGGAUCUGAUAAGACCACGUGCCGUCAUAGGGGAAGAAUAUUAUUUAGACCCAAGGUUUGAGAAAGGGGCUGAAAUUGACUGUAACUCCCCUCAGCCCUGUGUCUGAAUCAGGGGGGAGGGGGACUAACAUAUUUUUCAGUCAGUUCUUUAACAGAUCGUAUUGAAUGAACUUAUGCUAUUAAAGCAAAUGAAGAAUAUGUGCAACUAAAAUGUCAUACACAGACAUAACUACAGACUGUACAAUGGUCGCCUGACCAGCACAAGAGAGAGAGAUGAUUUGUUUCUACAUACCUAUCGAAUUUUGAGCUUCAGUUAGAUGUUACUUUAACAUUUAACAUGAAGGGUAUACAAUUAAUAUUAAAUACAGCAAUAAUUUAGUAAUAAACAGCUAACUAGUAUCUACUUAUCUACUUAUGAUGUUCAUAUUGAUUAUGGUAUAUAUACUAUUGGCUAUAUUUAUUAGUUCAUAAAGAUUAACAUUAGUGAAUACAUUAACAGUCAACUACUGUGUCUAGUAAUCAUCUUCUAAUGUUAACUGAGGUUAAUGUAUACAUUAUUUUCUUCAUGAAGAUGCUACCAUUAUUAGUAAAAUCUUAAAUAAGCAUAAUCAUUAAGUAACUGUAAACAUGGAUGAUAAAAUGUUUGACAUGCAUGUCAUAAAGUUAACAAACCAUCUAAUCAAGUGAAAACUAUUAGUUUUAUAAAUAACCGCUCCAUGGUCUCCAUGUUUGCUCACUCCUUUAUCUUCGUGUCCUCCACUUAUAGCUUAACCUAUACAUUAUUGAGAAUGUUAAACUGUAUGUGCAUUACUGUAUCCUAAAAAUACUGAUCAAAUAAAUGAAACACUUCAAUCACG